AUGGAUGUUGUGUUCAGGAGGAAGUUAAAGAUACACUUAGAUAAUAUAACGGUUCCCAUAUCUGCAGUUAUUGAUCAGUUUCCUUCAAGUGGCUGGGAUACCAACAAUACGCCCGUUUGCGGCCAGCGAGGAACUUAGUUCUUCUUACUAUAGCAAACAGCUUACUUCUAUCAGCUUUGAAAACUUCUGUAUCCCCGUUUUCAAAGAAAAUUUAAACAUUAAAGACAUAAGCUACCAGUAAUAGGUUUUUCCAUUGUAAGUGUUUCAUAACAUUAGAUUCUCAUCACAUUUUUUUGUUAUAUUUGAAAGCAUCAGAAUAUUUGAAUCAUUAAAAUAUAAUGAAAUCCCCAUUUUAACCCUUUAAGUCCCUUCAGUGACCUAAACAGAAUUUCUCCUUACACUAUCAAUAUGAUAUCAAGCAGACAAGUAAUGAGAAUAAAGAAAAAUACCAAUAA